AUGGAGAAAGAAAUAGAAGAUGCAUCCCGCAUAACAGCUCUUAUCACCAAUCCAUCAACGCAGGACAUAUCAAGACCACUACAUCCAAAUUACAUGCCAAGUUACUACGGUCCAGUGCCUCAUGCUUGGUUACCACCUUUUGUGCCUCUUCCAAGUGCCAGUCCAUAUCCAUGGAGCAACCAGCAAGACCCAUGGAGCUCUACUGUAGCUGCCACGUCAAGUGCCUCCAUACCAAUGAUGAGACCUUCUCCAACUGCCUACCCAUAUCUAUGGAGCAACCAGCAACACCAAUGGAACACUACCUCAGCUACCGCGUCAAGUACUGCUAUCUUGAGUAGUACCGCUCCCGCGUCAAGCACUGCUGCCUUGUAUAGUUCCUCCAUACCAAUGAUGGGACCUCCUCCAACUGCCUACCCAUAUCAAUGGAGCAACCAGCAACACCCAUGGAUCUCUACUUCUGCUCCCAUGUCUAGCUCCGCAAGUAGUGUCAGCUCUAGUGUAGCUGUCAGUUCUAGUGUACAAACCAGCGUUAGUGUCGCUGCUAGCUCUUGUUCGGCUUUACCAACAUUUAUUCCUCCAACUUCUACCAACCCAUAUCCAUGUGGCAGUGAGGAAAAUAAAGUGCAGCAAAGUAACUCUGUUGAAGAAAUUAGUGAGGCCACAUUAGACUCGAUAGAAGUUGAAGCGCAAUCUACUGCCUCUUUGGGUAAUACGAUUGAUACCAAGGAGGCUGGCACUGAUGGGGGUAAUAUCACUGAGGAGCCAAAACCAGGGAUGCACUUUGAGUCGGAGGAUGAGUUAAUGAAUUACUAUAAACAAUACGGAAAGCAAUGUGGUUUUCCGAUAAUGACACAAAGGAGUAAAAGAGAGAAAGAUGGGACUGUGAAAUAUGUCACUGUGGGAUGUGCUCGGGGUGGCAAGGCACGGAAUAGAUCGUCAAACGUCUCCAAGCCUCGGCCAACAAGCAAGACAGACUGCAAAGUAAGGAUGAAUGUCAUGUUAAAGGAUGGGAAGCUGUGUGUGACAUCCGUAGUUAACACACACAAUCAUGGGCUCAGUCCAAGAAAAUCCAGGUUUUUUAGAUGCAACAGAGAAGUUAACGAGUCUGUUAGGAGGGUGUUGGAUACUAAUGAUGAGGCUGGCAUACGGAUGAAUAAGAGUUUCCAUGCUCUUGUGACUGAAGCGGGUGGGUAUGAGAACGUACCAUUUGGAGAAAAAGAUUGUCGUAACUAUAUUGACAAGGCACGACACCUGCGUCUUGGUAAAGGUGGUGCUCAAGCGCUGUUUCAGUAUUUUAGAAGGAUGCAAAACAAGAAUGAUGGUUUUUUCAGCCUCAUGGAAUUAGAUGAUGAUGAUAGACUGAAAAGUGUGUUUUGGGCGGACGCCCAUAGUAGAGGGGCAGACAACUACUUUGGAGAUGUGGUAACAUUCGAUACCCCAUACUUGACAAAUAGGUAUGGAAUGCCAUUUGCACCUUUUGUGGGUGUAAACCAUCAUGGACAGUCAAUCCUUUUGGGUGCAGGCCUUAUUUCAAGUGAGGAUACAGAAUCGUUUAUUUGGUUAUUUAAAACUUGGCUUGAUUGCAUGGAUGGAAAAGCGCCGAAUGCUAUUAUUACAGAUCAAGAUCGCGCAAUGAAAAAUGUGAUCGCCAUUGUCUUCCCGAACACGCGGCAUAGAUAUUGCUUGUGGCACAUAUUGCGAAAGGUCCCUGAGAAACUUGGUUCACAUGGUCAAUACAAAUGUGGCCUGAAAAGUAAAUUGCUAUCUUGUGUAUAUGACUCCCUUACAAUUGAGGAGUUUGAGAAUUCUUGGAAAAGCCUCAAUGAUACUUUCAACUUGCAUGAAAAUGCAUGGUUGCAAAGCUUAUAUGCAGAAAAAGAGUUUUGGGUGCCGGUAUAUUUAAAGAACUCGUUCUGGGCUGGAAUGAGUACAACUCAACGCAGUGAGAGCAUGAAUGCUUUCUUUGAUGGCUACGUGCAUGCUAGAACAAACCUUAAAGAGUUUGUUGAUCAGUUCGACAAUGCUCUCAAGAAAAAAGUUGAGAACGAAAACCAAGCUGACUUCAAUUCAUUUAACUUCACCAUUCCUUGCAUAUCACACUUGGCUCUUGAGAAGAAGUUUCAAGAUGUAUACACAAAUGCAAAAUUUAAGGAGGUUCAACAAGAGAUAAUGGGAAUGAUAUAUUGUCAUUGUCGUUUCGAGAAAAUGGAGGGAGUAAUCGCAAUUUACUCGGUCGAUGAUCAAGUAAAGGCUGAAGAUUUCAUCAAGGAGGUUACGUAUACUCUUUACUUUAAUGAGGCUGAGUGUGAGGCGAAGUGUGUUUGUGGGUUGUUUGAGAUGCGAGGGAUAAUAUGUAGACAUAUUCUUGCAAUCUUUUCAGCUAAGAAAGUCCGUGAGUUGCCAGAGAAGUACAUAUUAGACCGGUGGCGGAAAGACAUAAAACGGGCUUAUACUAUUCUUCCGACCAGUUAUGACGCUGUUGAUCAGAGACCUGAAACUGUUAGGUAUAAACGUAUUUUGAGAACUUUCAAUGAGGUAAUAACAAAUGCAGUUUCGUGCGAUGGGCAUACUGAGGAAAUGAUUUCAAACUUGUAUGCGAUGAAUGAGGUUUGGCGCACAUCGAAGCCCUCCAACACGGUAUCCAAUGUUGGAGGAAGUACCGUGAAUGCAUUCAUAGAAGGAAGUUCCAAGAAGGUGCUAAGUCCCCAUGUUGUCAGAGGCAAGGGAAGACCCCCGUGUAAGAGGAGGAUGUCCACGAUGGAGGAAAGAGUGAAGAAAAUUAAAACUAAGACUGCAAAUAAGAGAAAAGAUAAAGGAAAAAGUUGCACUGUGAGGCGUAGAUUGGACACCGAACCAUUGGAAAGCACUGAAAACCAACUCGGCCUAUCGGAAAUGAGGAUGCAAGAAAAUGUACAAACUCCCAUAAUAGUCAAUGAAGAAAGUGGACAACAUCCAGUGAUGGGGACACAAGAAAGUAUACAACUAGGAAUGGAUGGAACGCAGCCGGAGACGGAAUUUGGAACGCAACCCAGCAGUUUCUUGUAG